CCUCUCUUCUCCUCUUCCUGUCUCUCUGUGACUGGAACAUGAGAAGCUCAUUCGAGCGCCAUGUGACCAGCUAUCCACUGCUUCUCUGACUCCUUCUUUUGUUUUUGUGUUUUUUUUAAUUGAAAGAUGAUUCGGUGAGGAGAGGAAGAGGAAGAGGAGGAAGAGGGGUGGCAGUGUGGGACAGCAGGAUGUUUUCCGUCUCGCUGAAGUGCCGGCUGGGGGUGAUUCGUCGCAGGACGAGGGACGAUGGCUCAUACUCUAAGGGGAGCAGGGACUCAGCUCGGCCAGAUACCCCGUCCCCCAGGAAACCCUGUGUCCCAGAGCUUCGGGGGGUCACCGUGGUGGAGCUGAUGAAGAAGGAGGGUAGCACCCUCGGACUCACCAUCUCUGGGGGCUCCGACAAAGACGGGACGCCUAGAGUGUCCAACCUGCGGCCGGGAGGACUCGCUGCCAGGAGUGACCAGCUGAUCGUGGGCGACCACAUUAAGUCUGUGAACGGCAUUAACCUGAGCAAGCUGCGGCACGAGGAAAUCAUCAGCCUGCUGAAGAACGUGGGCGAGAGGGUGCUGCUCCAGGUGGAGUACGAGCUGCCCCCUGCUGCUCCUGACAGCUCCUCGGGGGUCAUCCCAAAGACAGUGGAGGUGCGGCUGCAGAAGGAGGGGCGCAGCUUCGGGUUUGUCCUGAGAGGUGGUGCUCAUGAAGACUGGCGCAAGACACGCCCCCUAGUGGUGACCUACGUGAGGCCUGGAGGACCAGCAGACAGAGAGGGCACUCUGAGAGUGGGUGAUCGGGUUCUGAGGGUGGAUGGAGUUCCCCUGCGGGGCGCCAGUCUGGCCCAUGCUCUCUCUGUCCUGACACAGUGUGGCCAGGAGGUGUUGUUCCACAUCGAGUACGACGUCACUGUCAUAGACUCGGUUGCAGGUGCGUCAGGGCCGCUGCUGGUGGAGAUCUCCAGGCCCCCCGGCUCCGCCCUGGGCGUCAGCUUAAGCACUGCCACACACAGGGGCAAGCAGGCGAUCGUCAUCGACAAGAUAAAGCCAGCCAGCGUGGUGGACAGGUGUGGCGCUCUGCGGGCAGGUGACCACCUGCUGGCCAUCGACGGCACCAGCACAGAGCACUGCUCCGUCCUGGAGGCGGCGCAGCUCCUGGCCAGCACCGGCGACCGGGCCAAGCUGGAGAUCCUGCCUGUCCAUCAGGUCAGAACCGGCCUGCUGCAGGACACUGUGAGAAUACAGAGGAGUGAUCAUCAUCACUGCUGGGACCCCUGUGUGCACUACUGCCACGCCCCACUUCCUGGUCACUGCAAAACGCCCGUAUGGACCAGCCCUAGCAACCCCCCCGGCAACCAGGACUACUGCAAAACCUUGGUAUCCAGCAGCUCCACAAGCCAGAGCCCAAGCACCCUGCCACGCCCUGCUGCACCCACCAGCCCCCGACACGCCCCCCCCAGGAGGAGACCCAGGAAGAAGGAGCACAAGAGCUCAUUGUCUCUGGCCUCUAGCACGGUGGGGCCAGGAGGGCAGGUGGUUCACACGGAGACGGCGGAGGUGACGCUGAGAGGCGACUCGAUCAGCGGCUUCGGCAUCCAGCUGCAGGGGGGCGUUUUUGCCACCGAGAGCCUCUCUGAGCCCCCCCUCAUCCGCUUCAUCGAGCCCGACAGCCCGGCCGAGAGGUGCGGGUUGCUGCAGGUGGGUGACAGACUCCUGUCAAUCAAUGGAAUUCCCACAGAAGACGGAACUCUGGAGGAGGCCAAUCAGCUGCUGCAGAGCGCAGCUUUGACCAAUAAGGUCACGCUGGAAAUCGAGUUUGACGUGGCAGAGUCGGUGGUUCCCAGCAGUGGCACGUUCCAUGUGAAGCUUCCCAAGAAGAAAGGGGUGGAGCUGGGAAUCGUGAUCAGUGCAAGCAAGAGACCGGGAGAUCCCCUCAUCAUCUCUGAUAUCAGGAAGGCAAGCAUCGCUCACAGAACAGGCACGUUGGAGCCUGGAGAUAAGCUGCUGGCGAUUGACAGUGUGCGUUUGGAAAGCUGCUCCAUGGAGGAUGCAGUGGAGAUUCUGCAGAGAACGGAGGACCUGGUCAAGCUGAAGAUCCAGAAGGACGAGGACAACUCUGAUGAGCAGGAGUCGGGCUGCAUCAUCUACACAGUGGAGCUUCGUCGUUAUGGGGGACCCCUGGGCGUCACCAUCUCUGGCACAGAGGAGCCCUUCGACCCAAUCAUCAUCUCAGGACUCACUCGCAGGGGUGUGGCUGAGAGGACUGGGGCUAUCCAUGUAGGGGACCGCAUCCUGGCCAUCAACAGUGUCAGUCUGAAGGGGAGGCCUCUGAGUGAGGCCAUCCACCUGCUGCAGGCGGCCGGGGAGACCGUCACACUCAAGAUCAAGAAGCAAACUGACCUGCCAGGUGCCCCAAAGCUGUCAGGGAGGUCAGCUGACCUGAACGACCGAGAGGAUGAGGUUCCGGAAUACCCCAAAACGGACAAGCUGUCGGAUGCACUCUCCUCCACGGUGCCCAGCCUGGACUCGGCCAUGGAGUCCUGGGAUGGGUCCGGUGUGGAGGCCGGCUUCGGCAGCCAGGGAACUAACAUCCACCAAGCACCAGGCCUCUCUUUUAACCCCCAGGAGUGGCGUAACACCAAGCAGCGGAACAGUACGCCCCCUGCUGGCAGGAGGAAGAACUACCCUCUCAGUGAUGGGGGUUUUGGUGAGGACGAGUGGGACAAGCCCCCCGGGUGUGUGGGCAGCGUGCAGCCGGACACCUCUGGCCCUGGGCAGGAGGACAGCUUCUGGAGCCGAGCACUGGAGGACCUGCAGACCUGCGGCCAGUCGGAGCUGCUGCGGGAGAUUGAGGCCUCCAUCAUGGCGGGCAGUGCCCUCAGUCUGGGUGUGGAUGAGGGCCACAAAUCGAACCCAGACACCGUCAGACCGGCCAGGAAGGGGUCCCCGCUCCACACUGAGGCUGAGGGAAAGAGUCUGGUGUGCGAGUUCGAGAGGAGCUGGGAGUCCUACCCCAUUAAUGAGGAAGUCCAGGAUACUCUGUCUCCCACUAACCUGGAGCUACUCAAGGUAACGGUCACAAAGGACCCGGAGACCAAUGACUUUGGUUUCAGCAUAUCGGACGGAUUCCUAGAAAACGGAGUGUACGUCAACAUGAUCCGCCCUGACGGUCCCGCUGACCAAGCAGGACUCAGACCGUACGACCGCAUUCUGCAGGUGAACCACGUUCGGACCCGUGACUUUGACUGCUGCCUGGUGGUGCCGCUCAUCAAUGAGUGCGGAACCAGAAUGGAGCUGGUGCUGAGCAGGAACCCCCUGGCGCAGGCAGCCAUGGGGCAGCCCUGUGAGGACCCCUCUGGGACAGAGUGCCAGGCCAGCACCAUGGACCUGUGACUGACGGCACGCCCUGGAGCCCAGGCGACCCCCACCUCACCCCACCCUCAUGUUUGGGUGUAAUGAACCCGGCUUUACUUUUUGCUCUUUUCCUGUUUAAUGUGAAGCUGUCAUUUGUUUUGUCAACAUGCACGCACACACAGACACGCACACACAUAUACCCGCACACACACACGCACACACACGCAUGCACACACGUUUUCGAGAUGUUGCUCUAGUCCAGCACUGCUGAACUCUCAGUGCACAUGAUCACAUUCAGAGGAUCUGGGGUUCUUUGCUUUAGUGUGGCCAGUUCUGUUCAGCCCCUAAUUCAUCUGCAUUUCAAACUGUCAUUCUGCCACCUCUCACCAAACCUCUGCCUCAUGGGGGUGUCAUAUUUUAAUAACCUCACAAUCACAGCCUGUCCUUAAUUUCACAGAUUCUCUUUUGACCUUACUGGAACCACAGUGUCGUAGAGUGUCUCUCACAGGUAUCAGCAUGACCUCAUUUAUUUUGGCUCUCACCUGCUCGACUACAUUCACCUGUCAUUCAGAGUUAUUUUAGUCACUGUGUGUCCAUCUGGCUGCCAAGGUCAGAUCAGCCAUCUCUGUCAUUCACUCACAUUCCAUUCACUCACCCGUAACUAACUCACUCACCCGAAACUCACUCAGCUGUAACUAACUCACUCACCCGAAACUCACUCAGCUGUAACUAACUCACUCACCCGUAACUAACUCACUCACCGAAACUCACUCACACGAGUCACAUCUGCCUUGG